UUUCGUAUAUAAUAAUGGCUACUACUACUUAUUUCAGCUGAAAAAGGUGCUGGUCCGCUCAAUUUUUAAACAUUUUCCAAUAGAAAAGACUAUAGAGAAACAUCGAAAAUGCCGCCGAAAAAAGCUCCAGCUCCGAGCAAAAAGACGGAGAUGAAAAAGAAGGAAAAAGUCAUCGAGGACAAAACUUUCGGACUCAAAAAUAAAAAGGGUGCAAAGCAACAGAAAUUCAUCCAGCAAGUAGAGAAACAAGUCAAGCCUGGUGUCGCCUCGGGCAAAGCUCUCGAUCCGAAUGCCAAAAAACUCGAAAAAGAAAAGAAACUCAAAGAACAGAAGGAAUUGGCUCUUCUUUUCAAGCCUGUUCAGAGUCAGAAGAUUGAAAAAGGAAUUGAUCCAAAAUCAGUGAUUUGUGCAUUUUUCAAACAAGGCCAAUGUACAAAGGGCGACAAAUGCAAAUUCUCUCAUGAUUUAACUAUAGAAAGAAAAGCAGAGAAGCGUUCGCUGUAUUGCGACAUGCGAGACGAUGAUAAGGAGGCUGACACAAUGGACAAAUGGGACGAAGAUAAGUUGAAGGAAGUUGUAGAGAAAAAACAUGGCACUGCGACAAACAAGCCAACUACGGAUAUUAUCUGCAAACACUUUUUGGAAGCUGUUGAGAAGUCGAAAUACGGUUGGUUUUGGGAGUGUCCUUCAGGGCUGAAGUGCAUCUACCGACACGCCUUGCCACCAGGUUUUGUCCUGAAAAAAGAUCGAAAGAAGGAGGAUAAGAAAGAUGAAAUUUCCUUGGAGGAUUUGAUAGAAAGGGAACGUGCGAAUUUAGGUCCGAAUCAGACGAAAAUCACACUGGAGACUUUUCUUGCAUGGAAAAAACGAAAAUUGCGCGAAAAAAAAGAGAAAGCUGUGCGAGACGAAGAGAAGAAACGAAGCGACUACAAAGCGGGCCGUCAAGUGGGAAUUUCGGGGCGAGAGAUGUUUUCGUUCAACCCGGAGCUUGCAGCUGGCGAUGGUAUCGAGGACGGAGACGAGGCUUUCGACAGUUAUUUGCUGGAAGAGGAAGAUGGCGAGGGAGUUGAAUAUCGUGAGUUGGAUGUUGAUCGACUCGCUUGUGAAGCUACAGAAUUGGAUACGGCAGGCAUUACGCUCGCUCGUGAUGAUCGACUGAAGAAUGAAAAUAAACCGGAGACGAACGGCGACGCAGCAGCAGUGACUAUCGUCGGCGAAGGGGCUGCAGCAUUAGCAAUUAACGAAGAUCUCUUCGCUGAGGAAGAUCUUGAGGGUUUGGAAGAAGAAUUGGGGGACCUGGACUUGGAGGAGUGAUCCAGAUGUCCCACUUUCAUCUCCUCAUUAUCAACAAUAAUAAUUGUUUUUAUUACUAUCAAACAUCCUCAUUGUGUAAUACAUAUAACUCGACCGUAUACUGCCUCGUUCGAAACUACGAUAUUCUUUUGAAAAAUAUACGAUUUAGAAUACUGUGUCCGUCAACUCAAAAUCAUGUGGAUAGUCAAACUUUUAUGGUUGCUGUAGAAUUAUUAUUAUCGAUCAAAUCGAGAGCUGGUCUCUGAACUCAAGUUCCACAAUGCUGGAAGAGGCUGUUGAGUGACUCAUUAUUUGACUGUUUGACACUAUUUAAGUCAAUAUCGUGUGUAAAACAGGCAUGAUGAUUUGAAAAUAUUUUCUUUGUAUUAAAAUAAUCAAGAUCGCAACAAAUUUCAAUUGGAAUCUUCAAAUUAAUGUUAUUCGAAAAUUUGAGUUUUCUUUAAAAAUAAAAAGGGAAAAUUCUAUUCAAA